AUGACCGGAAGACCUUCUCUCAACACCGCUGGAUCAUCUACCACGUCUUUAUCACAUCCCAUGUCGUACUUGAGCCUCGACAAAGCUGAAGGCGAAUCAGCAGGCACUCCAAACGAUGCCAAGGCUCCGGAUCUACGUGCGAUGCUCAACCAGGUGGUGGACUGGUUGCAGGAGGAAAAAUCAAAAAGACAGAAGCGCAAGCAUCAUCGGCAUCAUCUCAUCCAUCAUCGCAGUCACCUUACGCCGAAUUUGCCCGAAGGGAACCAAUCAGACGAUUCCGCUCAGGACGCUGAAAGUAGCCAAUCUCUAGCGAAGUUGGAGAGCAUCCUCUCCGGGUUCACCUCAUGGUCUACAGCGAUACCAAAAUGGUCGUCCAGAGCGUCCAGCGCUCCCUCGCGGAAGGGGUCGAUAGCAAGAAAGUUCAAGCGAGCCUCAGUUGGACCCCAAUCUUCAGACACGGAAUUCUUUGGUGACGAUAUACUCGUUCCAAAUGUGGAAGCUCAUUUGGACAACUCAAAAACCCUGGCUUUUACGGGAGGAGGCGUCGACGUCGACACAAGCGACGCGGCAAAAAAGCGGGAUUACGAACAUUGGGUUACUUUCAAAGAGGAUAUCCUUCGCCUGACACACACCCUUAAAAUAAAAGGCUGGCGUCGAGUUCCGAUGGAAAGGGCAAAAGACAUUGACGUGGUGCGUUUGAGCGGAGCUCUAACCAACGCCGUUUACGUUGUCCGACCGCCUAAGAAUAUGCCGGAGCCUGCCCCUUCCUCAAACAGUCAAACAGCAACAUCGGAGACAGCGUCAGCGUCAACGUCAAGCCAACCUCGAAAAGCCGUACAGCUCCUUCUGAGAAUCUACGGUCCCCAGGUCGAGCAUUUGAUUGAUCGAGAAGCGGAAUUGUCCAUUCUGCGGCGCCUUUGUCGUAAGCGAAUCGGCCCACGUCUCCUCGGGACUUUCGAAAAUGGUCGGUUUGAGGAGUUUUUGCAUGCAAAGACUCUGACAGCAGAAGAUCUCCGAAUCCCAGAAACAUCUAAGCAGAUUGCGAAGCGAAUGCGUGAGUUGCACGACGGCAUCGAAUUGUUGGAAUCGGAGCUCGAGGCUGGGCCUGCGGUCUUUGUCAACUGGGACAAAUGGGUCGACCGGUGUGAGAAGGUCAUUACUUGGCUCGACAGUCAAAUCCAUCAGGCCGAGCGAGAGAGACAGGCAGGAGUGUCCAGGCAGGACUCCGCCAUCGAACAAAGAUACAUUCGAAAUGGUCUGAUCUGUGGUGUUGAAUGGCCUCUCUUCCGCAGGACAUAUGAAGCAUACCGACAACGACUGAUCGAGGAAAGCGGUGGCGUGAAGAAAAUCCGCGAUGGUCUCGUUUUUGCCCACAAUGAUACACAGUAUGGCAAUCUGAUGCGACUGCAACCUUCAGGCACGUCACCAUUACUUCAACCCUCGAACCAACAUAAGCAACUUGUGGUUAUUGACUUUGAAUACGCAUCUCAGAAUAUGCCUGGUUUGGAGUUUGCGAAUCAUUUUACGGAAUGGUCGUACAAUUACCAUCAUCCGGAGCAUAGCUGGAUGUGUGAUACGCGGAGGUAUCCGAAUGAAAGUGAACAAUAUCGCUUUGUUAGGAGCUAUACUAUGCAUCGACCACAGUUUAAUCCUUCUGCGAGUUCGACUCCGAAACUUGAGGCCCGUGAGAAGACGAAUAUUAGCGAUUUCAUGCUCGAUGCAAGAGCCCCUCCUGGAACGAGUGUUUCAGGUCAAUCGCUCGAGACAGAUUACGACGCAGAAGAGAAAGAGCGAGAGAAGGCGCAAGAAGAAGAAAUCCAGAGAUAUUUGAGAGAGACGAGAAUUUGGAGGCCCGCGAACUCGGCUCAAUGGGUGGCCUGGGGCAUUGUGCAAGCCAAAGUGCCGGAACUGGAGGCUUUGGAAAAUGGAAAUGAGAGGGAAGAGCCGGGCAAUGUUGUGCCGAUGUCCGAUCCCCUAAAUGAAGAGGAGAAGCAGUUGAAAGAAGAGAGUGAAGCCGAUAGACCGGAGGGUCGGGCCCAAGAGGAGAGUCAUCACGAAGGAGAUGUGAAAAUGGGCGAGCAAAAUGGGGCCGAAGACGAAGGUGGUGGCGAGGAACAUGAGGAAUUCGAUUACCUUGCUUAUGCACAAGAUCGAGCGAUGUUUUUCUGGGGGGAUUGUGUGCAGAUGGGAUUGGUCAAGCUUGAAGAGUUGCCGGAGGAGAUGAGGACGAGGGUCAAGAUUGUGCCAUACUGA